UGUCUUCACAAUCUUUAAAUUCCAUCCAUUUUCUUCACAAUCUUCGAACUCCAUCUUUGUAUGAUUUAGACGGUCUUGAAGAACUUAUUCAUCUUUGUUCUUCCCUGCCUUCUUAAAACAGAUCUGAAGUGUUAUUCUUUCUUGCUAUCCAUAACACACAUUUCACUCUUCAAUUUUCUUCGAAGGCUAACUCGGCUCAAUAAUGGCUUUAAGAGACGAUGAUGUUGUGAUGUUGUUGGACAAUGCGCAACUGAGCAAGCUUGCUGCGUUACUAUUGCAUCAAGAAGAGCGACUCAUGGAAAAAAUUAAGUCAGAGCCUGAACGUGUCAAAUACCUGAAAGAAUGCAAUGGAGCUCAUGAUAAAGUCGUAAGCCUGCUUCAGGAUGCUGAAAAUUUUAAUAAGAAGUUUGAGGGAGACGAGAAGAAGGCCGACAUUGCCAAAGAAACCGUCGAUUAUAUUAAAUAUGGGAUCAAUAUGAGUAUGCAAAUGAUUAGGAACUGUAGCUUACGAGUGACUUGUAUCGACAAAAUUAAGACUCACUUUGACUCCUUGGUUACUGAACUUGCGGAGCUCGACCCUGAAAACAUAUCUAAGAAACGCCUUUUGGCAAAGGAAGUGACCAAGUACAAGCAAUGUAUGUGGGAGUACACAGACAAGUGUAAGAGUGGCUCAGCUCGAGCUUUCUCUAAAGCUUACUCCACGAUGAUCAAGCAAGAAGGCAUCAAAUUUCCCGACCUUGUGGAGAAACAUAAGAACCAGCUUGGUUAUGAAGGUGAAUUUGAGUUCCUGGAAGAUGCACAAAAGCUCGAGGUGUAUAAUAGUAUCAUCGAGGAAUCUGGAAGAGCAUCAAUCCCAAAAUCUGAAUUGGCAAGUGGAGGACUUGGGAUUGCAGUGUUGGUGGUGACCGCCGGAUUGAUGGUAUGGGACAUAUUUACUGCAGAACACAAGAUCGAGGCUGUGCUGUCCAACUCGUUAUCGGUGUUAUCAGAGAUUGGCGCCUUUGCCGUUCAAUUGGUAGUUGAAGGGGCAGUGACAGAGGCAGUCGCAGAAUUGGAACUAGGUGUGUUCAUUGUAUCAUUGGCAGGGUUCGUGGCUGCAACUGUGGUAGGUCUGUUGUUUGUUGCGGUUAGUGGUUUCUUGAUCGACAUCAUUUUCGGAGGAGGGGGUAAGACGGCACCAUCUGUGGAGGGGCUUAAGUUCCAUACCACCAAAAUGCCAGACGGCAUGGCUCUUGCCUUCCAAAUUGCUCAUGAUGGUUUCUAAACUGUGUCCACCUACAAGAAAUGUUUGUAAUAAAUGAAUGAAGUUUGUACUACAAAAAAUGUUUGUAAUAAAUGAAUGAAAUUUGUACUACAAGAAAUGUUUGUAAUAAAUGAAUGAAGUUUGUACU